AUGUCUUCAAACAGACCUUCGCGAAAUCACGGUUUUCGUUACGCAGCGGAUCACGAUCGUUUGAAGCGAGCCUUAUUACAACCGGUUCAGCCUUGGGAUAAAAAAUGGCAAUAUCCUACUAGUGGAGUAAAAAGUUUUAAAAUAUAUAAAUGGGCUAAAUCUGAUAGGAAGUUAACUUUUAAAGACGAUGAAGAGGACGAAGAGGGAUUUGUCAGAAUGACUCGUCAACUUACUAAUCUCGAGGACACACCAACUCCAACCGCAUCAAUUCUUCAACCUCCCACUGAAGCUUCUACACCUCAACCAUCAGAGACAGAAACGGAUUCAAUAUUUUUAAGACCACACAUAAAUUCAUUACACAAAUCAUCAUCAUUAAUUCGUCAAGCAUCACUUACAUCAGCAGUUUCAACACCAGGAGAUAAUAUAAAUACAAAUAACAAUAAUACACCUCUUGAAGUUGAAUCUUCUUUAGCGAAUUCUCCUGAAAAUGAAGAAAAUGAAAUUGAAGAAAUUGAAGAAGGAAUGGAAGUAGAAACCAAUGCAGAAGAGAAACGAUUUGAAUAUGAAGUAGAUCCAAGUAGUGAUUAUGGUAAUCAACCAAAUAGUGAAUAUGAAGAAGCAUUAAGUGAUUAUGAUGAACCACAAAGUAGUGAAUACGAAUUUGUUGGACAAUCGGAAGAAAAUACGAAUCAACAUAUAAUGUAUCAUCAUGAUCAAGUGACAGCUUAUGUUGAUCGAAAUAAUUUAGAAGGAUCAAAGGAUACGGAAGAUGGAGAAAUUGAAGAAGGAGAAUACGAAGAUUUAUAG